GGUGGAAGUUGUCAAAUUAGCAUUAGAGAAUUUUUUAUCGACAAAGAUUUUGUAAAAAAUAAUUAAAAUCAAUAUCGUGCAUGUAUAAUUUAUCAAAAUGACUACUGAUAAAAAAGACAUAGAGAAAAUUUCUCAAAAAUAUGUUAACAUAUGUAGAGAAUUAAAUAUGGACAAAGAAACUGAACAAAAAUCGUGGAGGACAUUUCAAGAAGUUAUCAAGACAAAUAAUUUGGAAGGAGAAUCAAGUCACUGGCUUUGUUGUGCUCUAUAUGCUGCUUGUCGGGACUCUUUUACACCCACUGUUGGAUCUGCUGGGUCAGUAAUUAAAGGAAAUUGUGUUUCCUUGACGAAGUUAUUAAGGAGUUGUCAAAUCAGUAUUAGUGAAUUUCUAACAAAGAUACGAAAGUGGAUUGAAUUUACAAAAUUAUCCCAAAGUUUCAUAAAUCAAAUUGAAAGAUUGGAAAGAAGUUUUGGAAUUUCAUGUGUUCUCUAUCAUAAGUAUAAUGAGACGUUUCAAAAAAUGUUUAUUUUGCCAGAAAACGACAAGAAGACGAAGAAAUCAAAGCCAGGAACAAUUUCAUCUUCCAUGCUUUAUGAAUUUUGUUGGUGUUUAUUUUUAAGUGCCAAAAGUGAGGAUCCAAAUCAUACACUUGAUAUAGUAACAUCGUUUCAUUUAUUACUUUGUGGAAUGGAUCUGAUAUAUUUGUGCAUAUUAAGGGAGAAACGAACUGAGCUGAUUAAUGGAAAUUUUGCCGAAACUAUCAAAUCAAAAUUUGCUGACGUUGAAAAAGAGUUUCGAGUUUUACAUGAGCUUUGCCAAAUGCAUGAUGCACAAUACAUAGAGGCGAAGGAUAUUAAAAUGUAUUCAUUUAAAACAAUUAUAGAAAAAUUUUUGAAAAACAAAAUACUGCAAGGAACUGACAAAAAUUUUUUGGAUAUUUUGACAAUGCAAAACUUUGAAUAUAAUUACAAAUCAAUUAAUAACUCGUACGAACAAUAUGUUUUAAGUAUUGGAGAAAUUGAUGAAAGAAUUUUGCUUAAUAAUAUUAAUGUUAAACAAUCCAAUACAGAUAUCGAUUUCGAGAAAAGCAUUAAAUCAUUGAUUCCAUGUACACCUUUAACUCGCAGGCAUCAUUUACCUAACAAAGAAACAUCUGAACCAAUUUUCAACGCUACACAAAACGUUAAAAAAUUAAAAGCUCUGGGUGAUCGUCAUUUUUCAAUAGAAUUUCUAAAGUAUCUAAAUCAAGCUGGAAUAUGUACAACAAAAAUAGAGGAAAGAAUAUCUGUGAUGUGCAACACUUUUUGUGAAAAAUACCCAUCGAAAUAUGAGGACUUAAAUAAAUUUAAUUUAGCGAAAAAUAUUUACUAUAAUUUGUUGGAGAAAAUUACCAGAGCUGAAUUAAGAAACAAGCCAACUUUAAAGUUACAAAUUUUGUUAGAUAACGAAAUAUUGCAUACAACUUUGAUUGCAUGCUGUGUUGAAAUUGUUAUUGCUGCUUACAAUUCCGAUGUAAAAUUCCCUUGGAUAUUAAAGUGUUUUGAUAUUCAGGCAUUUAAUUUUUAUAAAAUUAUAGAAAUUGUUGUUACAAGGCAUGAAGAUAUUCUUACCCGAUCUCUUAUAAUACAUUUAAAUACAAUUGAAGAGAAAUGCUUAGAUUAUUUAUCUUGGAAAGGAGUAUCACCAUUAUGGGUCCAUAUUAAACAAUUGAAUGGUUCCAUUCCGCCAUGGUCUAAUGUAGAUAAUCGUAUUAAUGUUCAUAGUGUUAAUUUAGAGAAUGUUAAUAACCGACAAGUUAUUCUUUCACCAAUUAAUUCUGCAUACGAAUGUUUCAACCAAGUAGCAACGGGUUCCGAUUGUGCUCGUAGAGAUUUAUUUAAUGUUGGUAAGGCAGCUGCUGCAGAAGUAACAAAAACUAAUGAAAAAAUACAGCACAAUACCCAAAAUAAACUGCAACAGCAGGAAGAUACUCCAAAAAAGGGAAUCAAUUCAGUAAAGUUAUUUUUACGAAAAUUUUAUAAAUUAGCUUAUAUGAGAAUUCAUGAAUUAUGUAAAGAAUUAGAUUUACAGGACGAUAUUAUUUUAAAUCAAAUUUGGACUAUAUUUGAAUAUUCCAUUGUAAACAAAACGGAAUUAAUGCGUGAUAGACAUCUUGAUCAAUUAAUAAUGUGUGCAAUUUAUGUUUUUAUUAAAGUAAAAGAAGUAUCAGGCAAAACUUUUACAGAUAUUAUGAAAUAUUAUAGAAAUCAACCACAAGCUGCAAGUAAUAUAUAUAGAGAAGUUUUAAUUAAACCAGCAAUUGAAAAACCAAAUGGUGAAAAAGAGCCAGCAUUUUAUAAUGAUAUUAUAAGUUUUUAUAAUGCUGUUUAUGUUCCAAUGAUGCAAUCUUAUGUAUUAGGAUUUGGUGAAAAUACACAACGUGGUGUUAAUUUAUUAUUGUCACCACAUCCUCCAGAAAAAAUGAUGUCUCCUAGAAAAUUGACUGCAAAUCAUCAUUUGUAUAUUAAAACAUUAGAAAAGGCAAAUAUAUCACAAUCACCAGUUAAAUAUACAUUCAAUAUAUAUAAAAGUCCAGCAAAAGAACUUGAAAAAAUUAAUCAACAUAUUAAAGCAGGAAGACGUAAUUUACCAUUUGACAAUGAUGAAGUUUUAAUAAAAAAGAGACGUAAUGAAAAUACAUAUGUAACAAAAAAAAUUCAAGAUUUUAUAAAAGAAAGACAGGCCGAUGAUAAAAAUUAAUACAAAAUUUAAUAUAUUUUAAAAUCACAUGCAUAUUAAUGUCUAUUUAAGCAAAGAAAAAAAAAAUUAUAAUUUUAUUCAUUUUAAUUUUUCUUAAAAUGAUUUUUUGUUUUUUCUUCUAAUAGAAAUAAUUAUAAAUUAUUUUAUAUUAUUUAUGAAAUUUUUUUUAGAUUAAGUUUAAUAACUACAUAUGUAUGCACGUAUGUAUGAUUUUAUUAUGUAUAUGAUGAGAAAAAAAAAAUGUUAAAUAUGUGUUUACACAUAAUAUACAUAAGUAUAAAUAUUUAUACAUAUAUAAAUGCGCAAUUAUAUGUUUAGUU